GGGAAGCGCCGGCCCGACCGCAAGACGAAUUUCAAGAUCGCGGUUUGCGAUAGUUAGCUGCUGCACUUUGAAAAUCGUCCCGCCUCAACCACCACCGCCCGUCUCCCACACGCAGUCAUGUUAACCACAACAACAGGCCCCAGCGCCCUCCGGGCAGCUGGAGGCAGGACAUGGCUCCCAAUAAGCCACGGUGCUGCUGCCCUGCAACACAGGUGCCUCUCCACGUCAUCGGCAUACAGAGCCGCCCGCAUCAUCAGCUUCGGCGAAACCUCCACUCCCGAACUCUCCCAAGUGCUCGACGACUACCGCGAAAAGGUCAUCCUCCCCACGUACCUCUCCCAGGAGCAGCGAAGAAAGAUCUACAAUCCGAGGAUCAAGCACAUCCUGCAGAACGACCCGAUCACGAUGGAGAUCGACGGCGUAGUGCACAAGUUCCGCUACAGGAGCAUGGUGGCCGACCUGCCCAGCACGCGGGGGACGCUGAAGCAGAUCAUCUCGCUCCUCAAGACCCCGGCCGACUUCCAGAACAUCCCGCCCUUCCUGGAAGGGUGCGUGCGGGCGAGGCGCAAGAUCGAGCCGGUCGACUACAUCCGGCUCGUCCGGCUGGCCGCCCUGAACGGGCAGCUCCAGAUGAUCAUGGACUGCGUCAAGGCGGCCGACAAGACGGGCUUCAAGCUCGACAACUCGCACGUCAUCAACGAGCUGCUCGCCUACAUCCAGCGGCCGGCCAUCCUCGGCGGCUUCGACGAGGCCAAGACCAAGGCGGCGCUGAAGCAGGUCCGCCUCGUCCUCAACAUCCUCGAGAGCGACGAGGAGCACCACCGCCCCGGGGCCAAGACGGCCGGCGCAUUCCCCUACUACCGCGACCCGCAGGUGCUGGGCGCGCGGCUGCACAUGGCCGCCGCCCGCGCGGUGCACCACAGGGGCGGCAAGGACGAGGACGGCCGGGUGGCGCGGUACGCCGAGGAGCUGGUGGCGCUGUGGCCCGAGAACGCGGGCCUGCUGGACCUGCAGCCGGACCGGGCCUACCGCAAGCGCGACGGCAUCAUGCGCUACAUGCUCGACCGCAACACCUACCUCUUCAUGGCCUCCCCCGUGCUCAACGGCCUGACCCUGGCCGCCCAGGUCGUCGACCCGGCCCUGGCCAUGCAGCUGCAGAACCGGGCCGACGCCGUCGACUCCGAGGUCAAGGCCGCCCUCGCCUCGCCCCUGCGCAAGAAGGGCGGCAGGGGAGAGCAGCUGUACAACGCGAUAUUCAACCCGCAGGCGCAGGCGGAGGAGGCGGAGGAGUAAGGGGAGUAAGGGGGACUAAGGGGGAGCAAAGGCUGAGUAUUGAGGGGGAGGAGGCAGCAUGAUUGAGCGACCACAAUAGAUCUAAAGGGGGGAAAGUGGGGAGAGGGGAAGGGAGAGGGUUAUUGCGUGUGUGUGCGUGUAUGUGUAGUGCCGCCGGUGGUCAUGGAUGGCUGUGACUUGGAAAGAGGAGUCUUAUCUCAAUGUACAAUGUAAAGUGUGUAAACCUAUCUAUGUAUGUAUCUUGUCACAGAGAGAAGAAUGUAAACCAAAAAAAAAGAGACAAGAACACCAUGCUCAAUGCAUAUUUGGAGA